GCCAUAAUAAAUUGGUCUUUGCUUCUAAAAAUUGGGAAUUUUACUAGACCCAUGGUCAUGUCAUUCUUCUUCUUUGUCAGCGCAACAGCUUCUUGCAGGCCUUGGUUGCCUGAACAGCUGACAAACGCCAGCGCCUCCUAUCCAUGGCAACUCCCUUCCAAUUUCUAAUCUUUAGAGUUUUUAAAUCAUUUUCGAUGUUGUUGAGCCAUCUAGUAGGAGGUCUGCCUCUGGCACGUGACCCCUCUGGGUUCUUAAAAGUGACUAUUCUCAUGGCGCUAUUUUUAGGGGUCAUGUCAUUACUAAAGCAUUUAAAAUAAUUAAGCUAUAAACUUUAUUUAUUUGUAAGAAAUGAAAAGCAAAACGAAAUGUAUGUCAUCCCUAAAUUUGCUAAUGUGUGCUGCAGCUCAAGUGUACUUUGAUAUUAGUACUGAUUGAAUCUCUCCUUUCGACUUACUUGGAUUUUGUGAAUAUUUUUUCAAACUGCAUUUCUUUAAAAUUAAUAAAUAUAAUAUUAGUUGUAUCAAGCAUAUAGAAUUAAGGUCAUAAUCAAUGUGCUGGUGGAAAUGAUAAUGUUUUGUUAUUUUCAAGCAUCACUGUGUCCAGUGAUGAAUUCUUCUCUUGUCCUUUAUGUUCAUUCUCAACUUUAAGAAAAGCAGAUUUUAGACGUCAUAUGAGAAAACAUACUGGUGAAAAACCUUAUAACUGUACAUUUUGUAAUAAAAUGUUCAGUAGAAAAGACAACUUAAAGUAUCAUAUGGUCGUUGUUCAUUUUAAAAAUGCGUGAAUAUAGAACCUAUGUAGAUAUAGAACCUAUGUAGACUUAUAUUGCAAUUUGUUAACCUUAUUAAAUUUUUUUGUUUGUGUAGUGUGUUUGUUUGUAAAUGUUCAAUUUAUAUGUGAUGUAUCGCAGUAAAAUCAUGAACCAACAAAGUUUCAUGAAACAAUUAUUUACUAAGCACAGAAAAUGAUUUUAAAAAAAAUAAAAUAGGUAAGCAACAAAUGCUGAGUAUUUUCAAGUGAUUAGCCAAAAUAUGUCAUGGUAUUAAGCAGAGCCCGCUCUAAAUAGUUGCCACCUCGUCAAAUACGAUAAAAUCAUAAAUUAGGUGAAUGAUUUUUUCCUUUGGUAAGAAAAAAAUAUAUUUAACUAGUUCCUCAAAAUUACGGCAAAAUUUUUUGUUGUUGAACAAAUCAGUAUUUUUAAUUCGGUUACAGUAAUUUUUGGUAGAUGCGCCGCAUAACCAAUUAGAAUUUAGUCCAAUUAAUAGCCUGAAACAAGCUAUUGUAAAAUAGUUUUCUAUGGAAAAAAUUAUGCAUAGAGAUUGUCUUUUAGCAUGCCUUUAAUUAUUGUUAAUUAACUACAAAUUUUUUUCUUGUUUUGAUAAUAAGUGUGAAUUGCUUUUUGAAAUAUAUACAUAAAAAAGUAGAAUAGGGUAAUUUAAAUUUAAAAAUUGUUUAGGAUCAAAUUCAGUUAUCUGAUAAUAUUACACAUUAUGAUCAAUUUUUACAGCGUUAAAUGAAUGCCCCUUCAAAACUCAAAGUGCCCUUUUUUGCAAAGAAGCAUCAUGGUCUUUUUUAUUCCUAGAGAGAACUCUGUUAUUCACAAAGAAUAUUUUUGUUUUCUGACUUGAAGAAAAAUAUUACAAGAAUGAUUAUAAAUAUUAGUUUUAUAUUUAUGAAAAAAAUAGUUAAUUGCAAAAGUAAGUUUGAAUAAAUAGAUAUCCAUUUUUAAUUUCUUUGCUCUUCAGAUUUCCAAAGAUUUAAUUCAUUGCCAUUGAAUAUUUUUAUUUUUGAAGUAUUGAAACAUGGUAUGAUUAAUAAUUAGAAUUUGUGAUUUAAUUCUUUCUUUUGGUUGUCUAUGAUAUUUAUGUAUUCCAUAUUUUUUGUUUUUAGUUAAUUUUUUCCUCUCUUAUAAUAUUAAUUUGAAUUCAGAAAAUUCAUCAAUGAUAUGCUUUGCUUCAAUUCAAGUUGGGAAAAUUUCCGUAUCGUGAUCUGCGACAGAAUAAUCUCAAAGUCUUGACAACUUCCUGGCCCGCGAGAAACUAAAAAAGGAAAAUAAUUCUGAAAAGAACCAACUCGGAAGAUAUUACUCAUAAACAUCUACAUGUUUUUUUUAAAAAAAAAAUUUGCAAGUUUAAAAUCUAUUUGGCACCUUGGUGAUUGUAGCUGGCGCAGCAGAUCACAAUGCAGAAGUAUUCCUUUAAAGUUAGUCAUUUAAAUUAUUUAAAUGGGGAGCCAUGGUAAACGAAAAGCAUGUUUUAAAAUCGAAAUUUGAUACAUUCGUUAGCUGUUAUAUUUGGGGAGUAAAAUGUAACUAUUUUUGUCUUUGUGAUUUAUUAUUGGCUGAAAAACUCUUUUACUUUUAAAUGUAUAGUAAUAUGCUAGUAUCUGUGCUAUCAUUAACUCAAAUGUGAAAUGUUUAAAAUUUCAAUAAUACUCAAAUUUUUCUGAACGUAGAUUUAAUACAAAUGGUUAUAAAAUGUUUUAUCUUGUGAAAAAACUUAAUAGCAUUUUGUUAUUUAAAAAAAUAUCUAUUAACCAAAACUUAUACACUUGUUUUUUCCUCUUUUUUUUUAAAAAAAAAAAAAUUUUUUUUUUUUAGUCUCAAUUAGUAUCUUACAAACCAGACAAGGAGUCAAUUUUUCAUUUGUUCAGAGUUGUAAAUAACAUUUGCCUGAUUAUGAGCUCGAGCUUAGAAUAUUUGUUGCUUAUGAAUUGUGCUAGGAAUGUAACUUAAAUAUUAAAUAAAUAUUAGAUCAAUACAUUUUGCCUGAAAACAGUUUAUUUGUGCCAUGUUCAAGAAUUCUUUGAAAAUAAACAGCAUUUCUUUCAUUAUUAAAUUUGUAUUUUUAUUCUUAUAUAUAUUUGUGCUACUUAUUUUGCAGCUCUUGGAAAAAAUGUAAAACAUCCUUAAUAACCAUUUAAUGUGCUACAUUUUAAUUUGAUUCUUCUUAAAACUUUUAUUUUUUUAUAAAGGUGUUAAAUGUUAAACGUAUAUACAUAUUUAUUACAAUUCUGGAAACUUAAUUUAUGUCUAUAUAUUAGAUAUUUAACUCUGAAUGCAUUCAAAAUAUUUCUGAUUUUGUUACAUAUUCUAAUGUGUAUUUUCUUUUAGGUAGCUUUAAAAAACAGCAUAGAAAAAUUACUGUCUUUAGCUGUGAGUACUGUACAUACAAGAGUCCAUGGAAAAAUAACUUUGCACGGCAUAUGCGAUCUCAUAACAAUGAGAAGCCAUUCUCAUGCAAACUUUGUGAAAGAUCUUUUACUUCAAAUCAAAGUUUAUCUUAUCACAUGAGCAACAAACAUAAUUUAUUUCCUGGAAAAUAUUAUUGAUUUUUUUUUAUUAAUUUGAAAUAAAAAUUGUUUUUUUUCUCCAUCCCCCCUCUUUUUUUUCGUUUCAACUUAUUUAUUUUUUUAAAAUUCUCUGUCUUUCCUACCAUCUCUUUCAUCCAUAUUUAUGUGAUUCAUUCAAAAUCUUUUAAAAGUUAAAUAAGUAAUUAACUGAUUGACAUGCAAGCUGUUAAUAUAUUACCAAAGAAAUAACUCAUUUUCAGGUGUUGUGAAAAUGUCACUUUAAGAUCUCUUGGGGAAAAUUUUUAAUGCUAAAUUAAUAACAUCAGAAAUUUUGCCAGCUGCUAUGACGUAAAUUGCUAAUAUAGUACCAAAAAUUGAAUUAUUUUAGAUUGUAUAAAACUCUUCUUCUAGCUCUUGUAGACUAAAAUUUUUAAUGUAGCAUAAACGAAAAAACUGGAAUUAAAAAAAAAACUGUGCAGCAUAAUUUAAAAUGGUUUGUACUUCAGUAAUUAACUUUUUUCUCGCUGAACAUUAAUUAAAAUAAAAUAAAAGUGCAGUCAAAAAUAAACUUUAAUUUGUAAACUGCAUAAUGUUUUUUUUCCCCUUAACUGCAAUAGCAUUUAUUUUCCAUUAAGUUUUUGUGCUAGUAAACGGCACUUGUAUCAAAAAUUGUAAAAACAUCGGAUAGCAGUUAAAACUAUAAAUGGCAACAAAUAAAUAAAGAAUUGUUAACCAAAUUUUUUGCAGUCUGAUUUUUUUAAAAUCUUUUUGCAGAUUAAGAAAACUGGUUUCUUAGAUAGACUAUUUGAUUCGUGAAUGUAUUUUUCUUUCAACAACUUUCUAUGAACUUAAAACUUAUUCUUUACUUAAUUUAUUCAUUUAUUAUUAUUUUUCUGCCUGUUUGGAAAAAUUUUUGAAUUGUAAUAUUGUAUUUUUUUUAUGCACGUCUUAGGUCGAAGAAAUUUUCAUGUGGAGAUGAAUAACUUUGGGGUUUCACAAAGGACUCUUGAUCUCUGUAAAUAUAAUGAGUAUUUAUGCCCAUAUUGCUCAUAUAAAACGUUCUACAAAUGGAACUUAAAAUCACAUGUUCGUAUUCAUACUGGUGAAAAACCAUUUGAGUGUAAAAUAUGCAGAAAAAAAUUUAACCUGAACCAACAUCUUCGGCGACACAUGCUUACUAUUCAUGAAUGGAAAUAUCGUGGAAAAUUUGGUGUUGAAAAGAACAGUGGUGAGUUUUCAAGAAGAAUUCUGUAUGAUAAAUUUGUUGAAUAUUCAUGCCCUCAUUGCUCUUAUACUACUGUCUACAAAUGGAACUUAAAAUUGCAUCUCCGUGCUCACACUGGAGAAAAACCUUAUCAGUGUAAGAGAAUAAUUCAUGUUGAGCCAGCUAAAUGUGAGGUUUCACGAAGAUCAACCGAUGUUACUGAAUAUUUAUGUUCUUACUGCUCUUAUAGAACAUUUUACAAAUGGAACUUAAAAAUGCAUUCUCGUGUUCAUACUGGGGAAAAACCUUAUCAGUGUAAAAGAAAUAUUUAUGUUGAGCCAGCUAAAUGCGAGGUUUCAGGAAGAUCAACCGAUGUUACCGAAUAUUUAUGCUCUUACUGCCCUUAUAGAACAUUUUACAAAUGGAACUUAAAAAUGCAUUCCCGUGUUCAUACUGGGGAAAAACCUUAUCAGUGGACUGGAUUUGUUUUGAAAGAAGCUGUUUAUUGUGUGGAAAAAGAAAUGGACAUUGAUUUGUUAAAUAAUCGUUUACAUUCGUGCAUGUAUUGUAACUACACUACCCUUAUUAAAACUAAUUUGAAGCACCAUCUUGUUACUCAUACCAAAGAACGGCCAUUUGUUUACAUCUACAAUGGACCUGAGGGUAUUCCAAUUAGAAAAGAAACAUCUACUUGUGGUUUUGGAAAUAUUUCUACAUUUUCUUGCUCUUAUUGCAAUUAUUCAAGCAAUUUUAUGACUAACGUAAAACAACACAUUCGUAAACAUACUGGUGAACGACCUUUCGUUUGCAAGUUUUGCUUGACUAACAAGGAAGCUAGACAUAUGUUUAUAAAAAGGCAUGAAUCUGUGAGUGAAUUUGGAAGUCUUGUAACAUACUCUUGCCCAGUUUGUGAUUAUACUAGUUAUAAACUACAUAAUGUCAAACAGCAUGCGCGUCAGCAUACUGGAGCACGACCUUUUUUCAUUUCUUAUUUUAAAAAUAUUUAUUUAUUUUUAGGUAUUCAAAUGAAUAUUUAUAUGCAAGAAUAUGGUGGGUAUCCUGUGAAACACAGAGUGUAUUCCUGUUCCUACUGCUCCUAUGAAACUGUCAAAAAGUUCAAUUUGAAGACUCAUCUACUGAUUCAUACAGAUGAUCGUCCUUAUAAGUGCAAUUUUUGUCCCAAAACAUUUCGACAAAGAAACCAUCUCAAAUCCCAUGAAUUGUGCAUACAUAAAAAUGAGCUUAGGUUGCUUUGAAGAAAGCAUUAGUUUUCACAAAGCAAACUUUUCCAUUGUGAUGUUAUGUUGGAGAAAAACAUGAAGAUUAAGACAUAUGCAUUCCGUGAGCUUAGAACAUCACAUAAUUGCUCUUACUGUUCUUAUGAGUGCUUCUCACGUGGGGACUUAAAAAAACAUUUACGAAAACACACUGGAGAAAAACCAUACAUCUGCAAGUUUUGUAAUAGAGGCUUCAGUCAAAAACAUAGACUUAAUUCUCAUGUGUUGAGCAUUCACCCUUCGGAUAUGUGAUAUAUUCACGAGUCAUAAAUUGAAAUAAUAUAGAUCUAGUUUUAAAGCAUUAAAUAUUUUAUAAGGUUGUUUAAAUUUUAGAAAUAAAAUGUUUCUAGUUUAAUGCAUUUGAAAGUGUCUUACUUUCUGUCAUAAAAAUGUUUUACGGAAUACGUUAACAGUAAUGUAAUGUAAAAGCAUGGUGAUAAAUACAGUGGAACAUCCAGGAAAGACCACUUCUGUGUAGCAACCUACUCUAAUUACGACCACUUUUGGGAGGCGUGGAAUUUUUUCCAUAGAAUUUGUGUUCAAGAAAACCUUUAGGAGAGACCACCAAAACCUCUCCCAGUGACCGCAUCUGCACCAAAUACUAAAAAUAUUAAAUAAAGAAAAAUGAAAAAAUAUUAACAGAAUCAAUCAGUAGAUUAAACGCAUUCAAAAUAUUUGUGUGAGGCUUUUAUUUAUAGAGCUCUUUUUGACAAUCUUUAAAAGAGAUCUACAACCUCAUGUUGUAGUCAGAGUGCACUAAAGACGAUGCUAUCAAAGACUUGCUUUUAGAGUUGAAAGGUAAAUAAAAGAAAAAAGUUAUUUUAGAAAAAACUAAGCAACUCAAAUUAACAAACCUCUUCUUGUUAACUAAAUUUUAUGUAAUAAGAUUAAAUGUAAACUUGAACAAAAUCCUAAUCGUUUAUUUAUUCGAAAUAAUUAAAUCAUUCAUAAUUGGUAAGUUUGUUUUUGCACAUAAUUAUAUAUGUAGGAAUCGUUAUUAUUGAUGCAAAAUUUUAUUCAUCAAUCUUGUUUUCAUGCCGCCAACACAAGUGGCAUUUCUGCACCAAGAAAAUCGUGCUAACUAAAAUAAAAUUGCAUGCAAAAAAUCAAGUACCUUUGAUAACGUUUUGAAGUCAAUGGACAUAAAUUCUUAAAACGACUAACCUUCACUAACCAUUUUACCGGGGCACAGAGAGUGGGAGCUCCUGAGAUGCCUCACUGUAUUCAAAUGCAUUUUUCCUUUUCAAUAGCAGAUGAUAAGUGAAACCUUUAUUUCUAAUUAUUAUAAAUUUUUAUUCAAAAGAUUAAAAGUUCUGUCAAAAAGGUAUUGUUUGUUUAUUGAACCAUUUAUAGUAUGAAGAGUAAUAAAAAUGACCUUUAUUAUCAUGUUCUACGUUUACUCACUAUUUAUUCAUUUAAAUAAGGAUAUAUUAAACUGUGGCAUGAUGUACAAUUCCUUUUUUAAGCAUUUCAUUAUGUUUGAAAUUAUGCUCAUUUUUGUUUUAAUUUGAUAGUAUUUUAGCAUUAAAAUUUUAAGUAAUAGUUGUCAUAAGUAAAAAAUUUGAUGUGCAGUACAUAAUUCAUUGGGCAUUGGCAUAAUAAAUUACACCAAAAAAAUGUAAAUAAAAUAGUUUUUAAUGAAGGUUAAAUUUUAUCUGAAGUGAAACAAUUAUCUGAACUUCCAAAUGUUUAUAUUUCAAUAGUUUCUUGAUUGAAAGUGUGAUUAAUUAGCUAAUAUUCUUUAAAUAAUUGCAUUUAUGUUAUAAUUUUUAUUAUUUUAGGUUCUAAUAUGGAUCUCAUUGUUGAAGAACACUUUUAUGAAGGUUCUGAGCAUUCUAUUAAAUAUAAGAGAUUUGCUUGUAUGUAUUGUUCAUAUACAUCUACCGUUAAAGGCAAUCUGAAAAAACAUUUGCACAUUCACACGGGUGCUCGUCCUUACAAAUGUGGAAUUUGCGGUAAAGAUUUCCGUCAACUGAACCACCUUAAGUCCCAUCAGAUCACUGUACAUCCACGAAAUAUGAUCUAGGUUUUAAAGUCAUGGACGAAAUUCCAAUAAUUCAAGAAGUAAAAUCUGUGACUAAAGGAAGAAAACUAAUAAAUACAUAAAACACAAUAAGAGGAUAUACUGGUGGAUCAAUAAAAUUUUUUGCCAAGAUCACUUGUAAUGCAUGCUUAAAAUUAGAUGAUUUGAGCAAUAAUUUACGUGUGCAUACUGAAAAUCACCCAUUGAAAUGCAGAUUCUGUGAGAAGUAUUUUCGCCAAAUUCAAAUUUCUCACCCAUACAGCCAUAAAAAAACACAUGCAUUCGUUAAACUUCUCACCUUUACAGCCAAGAUAACAAUUGCAUUUUUCUGGAAGAUAAUAUUAAUCUCAAUUAUAAAUGAUAUGGAUCAGCUUAAAAACUAUAAAAGAAUCGAAGUGAACGUAUUUGUUCAAGAAUUUGAUUUUGGAAAGCAAGGAAAGCCAGUAAAAUAUAAAAAGUUCUCUUGUUCUGUUUGUUCUUACACUUCUUUCCAAAUGGGUGAUUUAAAGAAACACAUACGUAUACAUACUGGAGAUCGCCCAUUUGUUUGUAACAUUUGUGGUAGAUCAUUUCGUCAAAUUUCUCACCUACGUAGUCAUGAGUACAAAGUACACCCUUCUCUAGCGAAAACUUCUUUGUAAUGAACCAUGUCUAAAAAUUUUACAAAGUAACUUACAAAAAAAAAAGAACUCAAGCCUCAACCGGUCUGUAUAUGUUUACUGUUUAUGUGAUCUGGUCUGUAUAUGAGAAAUUAUAUGUUUGCGAGACUUGUAAAUAAUGAGUUGCACCCCAACACUUUGUAUGUUAUGAACAUGCUUUAAAAGAGUCUUAUUAAAUGUUUAAACACUUACCACA